CUUCAAUCUGCACAAGCAGAGCUCUCAAAAUUGUCAAAUUCAAAGCUGAGCAAAGCUCCGACUUCUCUCAAGCCUAGAGAGGAGGAAGUAAAGGCACUUGUGCCCUUGCUAGCUAGGUAUAUGGAGCUUUGCGGAGUUUGCAGGCCAGGGUCGUGGUGGCUUCGAGGAGAAUCAGAGCAGGAAGAGGAGCUGGCUGCAAAACCUACCUGGAUUCUAUUAUUUGUACAAAAGGACGGCGAAACCCUAAAUAUGCAUUUGCAGGAUUGAGCGGCCUCAAUGCAACAUAUCAGUGGCUUUGAUCAAUGCACCUUAAGUUGUACACAUUCUGCAAGUUAGCUGGAUUUCCAUGAUCAGAUGGUCGUUUAUGAUUUUAUGAUUUUCCAGUUCACAACACUUGUUUGAGAAUCUGCAGCCUGGACAAGAGUGGGCUCCUCAACAUAAUAGUAGCUUUGACCACUAUGACUUGGAGCAUGUAGUACCCCUUCUGCAAGUCAGCUGUCAACAAUCCAGAUCAGGUGGUUGUUCACAUUGUAUACCCUCCGUUCACACUUGUUUAGCAAUUUAUCAUUGCACAAGAAUGGGUGUCCUCCCUGGCCCCCCCCAGCGCGACAACCGGGGCGCCGCAGACUGCAACUACGCCGGGCUGCUAGCUUACGCCUGCGGCUCUUCGGUUGCAAUUGUGGAGCUGCAAUCUAUGCAAAUUGUGCACGCUCUGUGGGGAGAUAAACCAGACGUGUAUGUGACCGCUGUCUCCUGGUCGCCUGAGAGCCUCUCGCGAGACCUCAGCGGUCAGGUGGCCAAUCUGAAGCUCGCGACUGGGGACAGCACUGGCAGGGUUGCACUCUGGGAUGCUGUGGGGGGUCAGUUUGUUAUGUGGUUGGGGGGAGGGGAGGGAGCUCCGCGGAGUGGGGGGAUCAUCCUCGAUCUAUGUUGGGUGCUCGGUCGGCCCUGGCAGCUCGCAGCUCUGCAGGCGCCUUCAUCGCUGGUCAUCCUAGACACCACCAGUGGAAAGCCACUCUGGCGGCUUGAGGCAACAGAGCCCCUGACUUGCUUAAGAUGUGACCCGUUCGAUGCCCGCCAGCUCUGCGCCAUGGGAUCUAGAGGGCUACUGCUUCUCUUGACUCUGAAUGGGACAAAAUCGCAAGACAUUCAGCACACAGAGCAUCGUGUCCCGCUGGGCGAUGCUCUGGAGGCUCCAAAGAAGGUCGACAAGAAGGACGAGAAGAAGGAAAAGGACGAGGCGCCGCAACUCAACCUGCGGUGUAUGUUUUCUCCAGGGGUGCCAAAGCUUGUGUACGUCAUGCUGCCAAAGGAGAUUCUGGCUUUCGACAUUGAAUUUGGCCAAGUGGUGGCUUCCACACCAGUCCCCAGGAAUUAUGCGAAGCUGCUCGACCUCUUGACUGUGAUCGACGGCGAACUGCUCUACUGCCUGCAUUCAGAUGGGAAGCUCAGCGCCUGGCUAAGAAAAGAGAAGAAGCAAACGUUUGCCAUGAAGCACGUGGAAAAUCUGCUUCCGUCACUAGCCACCCAAACGGGCGUCAGCGUCCAGGUCCUAGCAGCCGCGCACGCCCCAACUCUCCAUGACGCCCCAGGCCUCAGCCUCGGUUCCGUCCCGCUAACCCCUGCCGAAACUUCCGGAACCCCCCCGGGAACCGUCGGAACAUCGCUCCUGUCCAUAACGGACGACGGUCGGGUCUGGAAGUGGGAGAUAAGCGCACAUUCUCACAACCCGCCCGUUAACCCGGCCCCUGACCAGGCGGAGGGGCCCACUUUCCGUGCAGUACUAGCGGGGAUUCUGCACACGCUCCCUGGGUUAACCACCACGCUUUCGGUUCCAAACCCAUCUGCACUAACCCCACAGUCCACCCCCUUCGACGGCCUUCCCCGGACGCCCCCCCCUCCGGUCCCAUUAGCCGCUCUCGCCACGUCAGCCGGGAGUAUCGAGAUCGUUGACACCGCGGCGCUCUCCGUAGUCUCGUCCUUUUCUGUGCACUCUGGCGCGGUGCGGGGGGUGCGCUGGCUCGGCAACUCGCGCCUCGUCUCGUUCAGCUCGGCCGAGGUCAAGGGCAAAACCCCCGGGUUUAUGAACAAGUUAGCGGUGACCUGCGUCCGCUCGGGGCUAACCAAACCCUUUCGGGUGCGCACGACCGCGGAACGGGGCUCGAUGCGCGGGCUGCGAACCUCGUCGAGCGGUCGGUACCUCCUCGUUCUCUUCCGGGACGCCCCCGCAGAGGUCUGGGCGAUGACACGUGUCCCCCAGAUGCUGCGCUCGCUCGCGCUCCCGUUCGCGGUGAUGGAAUGGUCGAUCCCGGGCGAAAACCUCCUCGGCUCUAGUUCCCACUCGCCCCUCUCUUCUUACAACCCCUCCCCCCGGAGCAGCAUCGCGGCCGCCGCCGCCUCUGCCGCAAGCUCGUCUUCUCUGGAGCUGACGCAGGGGGGGGGUACUCCGACCCCCCCGAAAGAGGAGCCGGGGGAGAGCUUUGCGUUUGCAUUGGUCAACGGGUCGCUAGGGGUGUUCGAACUCAGGGGGCGGCGCGUGAGGGACUUCCGGCCCAAGUGGCCGACGUCGAGCUUUGCGGCGGGUGACGUCCUCGUGACCUCGAUGGCCUACCGGCUGCCGUACGUGGUGAUGGGCGACCGGGGGGGAAAUGUCAGGUGGUGGGAUGUUAAAUCAGGCCUAAGCGGCUCGUUUCCUCUGCACCGUGGGGGCAUCCGGCGGCUCAAAUUCGCCCCCAUCGCUAGCGGCGCGUCGAGCGACGACAAGGGCAAAGUCGCGGCCCUGUUCACGGACCACUCCAUCGGGAUCUUCGACUUGGACUCGGGGGAGCCGUUCAACGAGGCGUUCGUUAACAAGGCCCAUGCCAGCUUGCCGGUCUUCGAGAUGGAGUGGCUGCCCCACUCGGGCGACCCGCACGAGCCCCUUCUCCUGGCGGUGGUCGCUGCCGACGGCAGCUACCGGCACCUGGACGUCCAUUCCGACGUCCUGCGGGCCCACCCCCGGAACCGGAAACUCAUCCGGCCGCAACCCCUGAAACCCCUCCCUCGAUUCCGGCCGGUUCCGCUGACGAGCCCCCUGCUGCUGCCGCAAGCGCAGGCGCUCGCGUUGAGAAUGUUGCUGCAGCAGGGGGUGCGGCCAGAGUGGCUGGAGGGGGAGGGAGGCGGCGCGCAGCCUGGGGAUAUGAGGGCCGCCAUGCUAUACGCCACACCCCCCCUCGGCGAGCAAGCCAUUCCCGAGGUCCUCCUCAACUCCCUCGAGCCCAUCCGAUUAGCCGGGCGGCUUCUCGACCCCCCUGCCGCGGCCGCGUACUCAACAAUCGCUGAAAACGGCGCUGCGGCCCGCUGCGCAUUCGCAGCGGCACUGUUUGGUGACGUCAUCGAGGCGGCGUUCUGGGUGCGCCUCCCGGGGGAGCUGCAAAGGCUCGCGGACGGUUCAGCGGGGCCGGACGCGUUCUGGACACAUGCUACGGACAGCGGAGCUCCUAGCGAACAACCACCCCGGCGAUCGUCCGCUUCCGGCGACCCGUCCAAAGUGGAGCCGACUCGCGUGCCGCCGCCCCUGCCCACCCCCGCGCCCAGCAACGGCCACGUGUCCCCCGCCCUGACCCGGUUGAACAGCGCGGCCUGGACCGAAAAGGACGCCCUCAAGAAGCUAGCCCGGGAAAGGAUUGCCUGGCACGAGCGGUUACCGGGAGUUGAGGCUUCGCAGAAGAGGGUGCAUGAAUUCAUCGCAACUGGAGACUACGAGUCCGCUGUGACCCUGCUCUUGUCGACGCCACCCGACGCCGCUACCUUCCAUAGCGACUCUCUCCGAGCAGUGGUUUUGGCGGCCGCCGUAUCGCCCGCGAUGCACGCGCUCGCUGUCAAGGUCGUGGCUGCGAACAUGGUCACCACGCAUGACCCGUUAGUGGGCACCCAUCUCCUAUGCGCCAUCAACCAAUACGUGGAGGCCUGCAGUCAGUUGCAAGAAGCCGGCCGAUGGACCGACGCCGGGACCCUUGCGGUGACCCAUCUCGACGGCCUGGAGCGCGCGCGUGUUUUGGACCGGUGGGCCACGCACGUUUUGUACAGCGAGCAGAGCUUGUGGCGCGCGCUCAUUCUAUUCGUUGCGGCCGGAAAUCUCUCCGAGGCGUUGGCCGCGCUCCACAGCGCGCGGCUGCCCGACACGGCCGCGAUGUUCCUGCUCGCCUGCCACGAGGCCAAGGCAGCGGCGGAACGGAAACGGAGCGGAGUGGAACGGAACGACGAGGAAAGCGAAACGGAGAGUAGGAGUGAGACGCAAGGUUCUAAAAAGAAUCUCGCUGAUAAAAGUGGGGGCGAAGGAUUGAAGCCCAGUGUAAGCGCCGAGGGGAAGGAGGCCGCAGCUGAAGGGGGGAAUGCUGGUAUUCACGGAGGGGGCUUGAGCUUGCCGGGAAGCUUGCACAGGGAAGAGAUCACUGUUGUGGUGGACCAUUACGGUCAGUUCCAGCGUUGGCUCGCCCACGUUGUCGGGUCAAGUAGUAUAUCGUCAGAUUAGACUGACCCAAAGAGAUGGCAACAAAAAGUCGGAGUAGCCCUGGAUCUCUGUCCUCAGGUGCCACUGAUGCAUCGCUGCUCUGUAGAUUUAAAUACUGGGCCAGCCUGGCCGUGACGAGCAAGCAAGGCUGUCGAUACCGUUAGCACCUCGGUACGUUAAGUGGACGAGGAAUCAAGAGACACACACUCGAUGUACCGACUUUAAUUGCGUGUACUCCGAACCCUCGACAUCAUGCACGGUGCUAGUCCUUCUCAGAAGGAUGACGUAACAGCAUUACAUAUUCGAAGCGGC